AGAAAAACUCAAGUUUUAAAACUCAUCCCUUCUCCACCUCCACCACUGGCGAUAGAGUAGGAGCAACUGUAGCAUUACCGCUGAAAAUUUGCUUGUUUCGAUUUAAGCUUAAGUUUGACUUGAGCCUUUCUACUUUGCACCUCUAUCGUUGACUCGUUUCAUUUCACAUCCAUAUUUCUACUCGCUAACGCCACCGGUGAGAGUUAAAUAGGAUCUAGUAACGGAAUUUUGGGUCUAGCGACCGAAACCCAUUUGCGCAAAUUAAACAAUCGAGCCUUUGUGACUUAUUUCUAGCGCCUCAAGUUAGAGAUACAUAAAAAUGGUGCUAAUAUCAUGCUCAACAACACCUUCUUCAAUACGAUUACCGUUCUGUUCCUCUUUUGUUACUAUAGCUUCAUUCGCAUGUAACUGCAGCAACAUCAAUUUUAUCCAAAUGACUAGUCACCCUAUCUUACAAGAAAAAACUUGCAAGUUUUCUGCACUAGGUAGCAAAUCGCACACAAAAGUUUGUGCAGUCGAUCCGUACCAAAGCUCUUCCACUACCCACCUACAAAAUUGGGAAGAUCCCGAUGGUAGUGAUAGUGAAAGUGAGGAGGAUGUGGAGGACGGCGAAGAAAACAAUCUGGACUUUGAGAGUGACUGGGAGGAAGAAACCGAUGCUCCCGAGACCUCAAAUAAUGUGGAGAAGUUGUCCACUAGCCAGAUCGAAGAAGACCUAAUUAAAGAGGUUGAACAACUUUUAACACCCGAAGAAAGAGCAAUCUUGCAACAGAAUGAAGCUCCCGAUCUUGACAAAAUAUCAACCGCGAAGUGGAACCCCUUGCAUACAUUGGCGUUAGCAGGGCAGAUAAAGUUCAUGGACAACCUUCUAGCAAAUGGAUAUGAUAUUGAUACUGUUGACAAGGAUGGGCAGACCGCUCUUCACAAAGCCGUCUUAGGUAAAAAGGAGGCUGUCAUUAGUCAUCUGUUAAGAAAAGGUGCAAAGCCUCAUCUUCAAGAUCUGGAUGGUGCUACUCCACUUCAUUAUGCAGUUCAAGUGAGUGCGAUGCAAACUGUGAAGUUGCUGAUCAAAUCCAAAGUUGACGUAAACAUUGCUGAUAAUGAAGGAUGGACUCCCUUGCAUGUAGCUAUGCAAAGUAGAAACAGAGACAUUGCAAAAGUUCUGCUUGUGAAUGGAGCUGACAAGACGAGAAGAACCAAGGAUGGGAAAACACCCCUUGACCUCGCCUUAUGUUAUGGGAAAGAAUUCAAAGCCUAUGAUCUUGCCAAACUACUGAAGCUUGUACCAGCAAACAACUAUUUCUGAUGACGAUUAAUACCUUAGGUUCAUCAGCAGAACCCGUUCCGGGUGACUUCAAACUACUCAUGCUUCAUUCUUGUUCCUUGAUGGAAUGGUAAAUCGGGGGUUUGAUCAUAGGCCGAUAGUGAUUCAUGUAAUGUUAGUGCGUCAUCAUUUUAAUAUUUAACAAAUCUAGUGUUUGAGAUCAUCUUGAACUGCACAAACUAGUUUUAUACCCGUCCGGUGGACGGGUUUUUUAGUGUGGUAAUGAAAAAAAAAUUAUUUACAUUUA